UAUGGUAUGUGUAAAAGUACCGUAAUGCAAUAUUUGGUAUCUGAGGUAAAAAAGAGAAGGAGCCCUUUCAGCUGGUAUUUAAGGGCUCCAUUUAUUUUGGCCCUUUAAAAUACUUGAAUCUGUACACUUAUCUGUGCACAAAUCUAUUUACUUUUCCCACUGAAAAUGUCCCCCAUUUUCCCACAGUGUUAUUUUUAGGGAUAAUUAAGCAGUUCAUAUAUGCUGACAUUCUGAUAUUUACACAUCAUGUGCCAUCAUCAUACGCAAUAUACAUAGUAAUAUUUUACCAUUGAUAAACUGAUCAAAUUCCAGAUAGCUAAAAAAAAAAAACAUAACUACAGAGAUUAAUUAUCUUUUAACUGUUAGACUUAACUACUAUUGGAAUGAAUUUGAAGGUCAAUAUGUGUAGAUCUUUAAACAAGAUAUUUUAAGUUUCCAGACUUUUUUUUUGUUUAAAUUUAAUUAGUAAUUGACCCUCAUCCCCUCAUUAUCUGUUAUUUACAGACUUGUGUGGUCAUUGUCCCAUGACUGUAUUGGUAAGGACAUUUUCUUCUGUGAGCAUUUUGGUGUGACGAGCCAUCAUGGUCCGUCUGACAGUGGAUCUUAUUGCCAAAUACAGCAAUCGGUCUAAGAAUAAAAGACACAACUCCCUCCCACAAUACCUCAAGAAAGUCACUCAUUUAAACUUCUCAAACAAGAACAUAGAUGAUAUUGAUGACCUCUCUAUGUGUCGAAAUCUCACAGUCCUGUACCUGUAUGACAACCAGAUAACGCACAUCUCCAACCUGGCCUGUGCCUCCAACCUCACCCACUUGUACAUGCAGAACAACAACCUCAUGCAUAUAGAGAACAUCUCUGCCCUGACCAAGCUCACCAAACUGUAUCUUGGAGGAAACAGCAUCGAGGUUCUCGAGGGUCUAGACGGGCUUAAGGAGUUGAAGGAGCUGCACAUUGAGGGCCAGAGGCUACCACAGGGAGAGAAGCUGCUCUUUGACCCCAUGACCAUGCACUCGCUCGCCGAAUCACUCUCUGUCCUCAACAUCAACAACAACAAUAUUGAUGAAAUCAGGGACCUGGCUCCUCUGAUAAAGCUAACACAUUUAUAUGCAUCAGACAACCAGUUGAGGGACAUAGAGGACAUUGAGAUAGUGUGUGGUCAGUGGCCUGAACUACAUCAAAUGGAUCUGAGUGGAAACCCCAUAUGCCAGCAACCCAAGUACAGAGACAGAGUCAUAACUGUGUGCAAAAUGCUAGAGGAUCUUGACAGUAAAGCAAUCAAUGAGCUGUCCAGGCAGUUCCUAAUUAACUGGAAGGCUUCCAAAGCCAAGAAGAAACUGAAGGACGAGAGAGUCAUGACAGGACAGAUCACUUACCCCUUCAAUGGUGAGAGAACACAUCGCUGCAGUGAAGUCGGUCCUGUCGCCAUUCAAAAUGUCCCCGAAUGUUCAAUCGUCCCCUACGGCAGCUUCAGGGGCAAGAGGAGGACGAAGGACGCUAAGAGCCGGGGAGAUGGCGCGAAAAGUCACAGAAUGUGA